AUGGUCUUCAAUUUCUGGAAGCAAGCGAGGGUGUUACAGAGAGGGGGGAUCAGACUCGCAUGGAGAUCUAAGGAGAGAGUGAGCGGUCUUCGAUCCGAUCAAGAGAGAAUCGUCACCAUAAAGAUACGAUCGAGGAAAAUCGUCUUGAGAGGGGAAGUUAUUUGGGAAGAACUUGAAGCAUUUGAAACCCUAGACCUUGAUUCGAUCUCACCCUUGUCCUUGCCAUUACCUCUUGAAGCUGGAAUCCGUGAAAUCUUGGCGCACCCUUCCGUUUCUCGUCCGCCUUCGUCGCUGUUAGAGCCUCAUUUUUCUUCCAACAGAAACAUCGGUCUUUAUCAUCUACAUGAACCGAAGGACUCGCCCUCGCCAUCACCAGAAUCUGUGAACUUCUCCCUCGCCAUCGCUGGAAUCUGUGAACUCUGCCUAAUGUAUACAUAUCAAGCAGGUCCUUCAUGGUUCCAAACAGUUACAAAUUCAUGGAAAUCAAGAUUUAAUGCUAUUUCAAUGAGGUUGUCAUGUACCUAUAUCCAUAUAUGUCGUGUAGAGGGAGAAAAUUACCAUUUGGUCCUUAAUAAACAGUGGGGGUGGGAGGGGUGGAGAUGGAUUAAACACAUGGUUUAAUAUUUCACAACUAUAUUUUUCUAUCUGAUUGUGAAAAAAAACCUUCAUAUAGAAACAUAGAUUUGGUAUGGAUAGCAUACGUUAUUAGUUAUUACUGGAUUGUUUGGAGGAUUUGUGUUGAAUUAUGUGCUAUACCAUUAUUAUGGAGAGAGCUUGAUAUUGGGUUAAUCACAAGAAUGACCAUAACUCGAUCUCAUUCCUGAUUGAAGAAAAGUCUCAUUCUAAACUGAUUAUGCUUAUUUUGGAUGAUAAAUGGUUGUGCUUGGUAAACUUAUUAAGUUAUUAUUGAACU